AUGAAUUCUGCGGAACAGACGGUUACAUGGUUGAUUACGCUCGGGGUGCUGGAGUCGCCGAAGAAGACCAUCUCGGACCCUGAAGCAUUUCUGCAGACCUCCCUGAAAGAUGGGGUGGUGUUGUGCAGGCUUCUGGAGCGGCUCAGCCCGGGCUCCACGGAGAAAAUUUACCAAGAACCGAAGAACGACGGCGAGUGCCUGAGCAACAUAAAGGAGUUCCUCAAGGGCUGCACAUCUUUUCGCGUCGAGCCGUUUGAGGCCAGUGACCUGCUGCUCGGACUGAACUUCUCAAAGGUGCUGAGCAGUCUGGUUUCUCUGAAUAAAGUCACUGCAGAUAUCGGCGUGGGCAGUGACUCGGUGUGCGCCCGACACUCCUCAGCCCAUCGCAUCAAGUCGUUUGAGUCGCUGUCCUCUCAGGCUUCACUGGGCCGAUCCUCCAAGCUGCUGCACAACCAGUUUCGCAGUCUGGACAUGUCAGAGAACAGUGGACAGCAUGUGCUGGUGAGGGCGCGUUUCAGCUUCCAUCAGAACAAUGAGGAUGAGCUCACCUUUAAUAAGGGGGACUUCAUCGGCGUGACUCGUCAGGAGGAGGGCGGCUGGUGGGAGGGGAUGCUCAACGGCAGGUCUGGGUGGUUUCCUAGCAACUAUGUCCGCGAAGUCAAAGGCUCUGACAAACAAGUGUCCCCCAAGUCUGGCACUCUGAAGAGUCCACCUAAAGGCUUCGACACCUCUGCGAUCAGCAAGACGUACUAUAACCUGGUGUUGCAGAACAUUUUAGAAACAGAGACAGAAUAUUCCAAGGACCUUCAGAGCCUCCUGACAAACUACCUGCGACCUCUUCAGAGCAUCGACAAACUGAGCGGCACAGACGUGGCUCUGAUUCUGGGAAACCUCGAGGAGAUCAGCACCUUCCAGCAGAUGCUCGUCCAAUCACUAGAGGAGUGCACCAAGCUUCCAGAGAGCCAGCAAAGGGUGGGAGGCUUUUUCCUCAACCUCAUGCCACAGAUGAAGGCUCUUUAUGUCGGUUACUGCUCCAACCACCCCUGUGCAGUUAACUUACUCACCCAGCACAGCGACGUGUUGGGGGAGUUCAUGGAGGGCCGAGGUGCCGUCAGUCCUGGGAUCCUCACCCUGACCACAGGCCUCAGUAAACCCUUCAUGCGACUCGACAAAUACCCAAACCUACUCAAAGAGCUGGAGAGGCACAUGGAGGAGAUUCAUCCCGACCGGCCAGACAUUCAGAAGUGCAUGGCGUCUUUCAAAAGUCUGUCUGCUCAGUGCCAGGAGGUGCGGAAGCGUAAAGAGCUGGAGCUGCAGAUCCUCACCGAGUCCAUCCGGCUGUGGGAGGGGGAUGACAUCAAGACCCUGGGCUCUGUGCUCUACAUGAGCCAGGUGUUAGUCCAGAGUCCUGGCUCCGAGGAGAAGAGCGAGCGCUACCUCAUGCUCUUCCCGCACGUCCUCCUCAUGUUGUCUGCGAGUCCCAGGAUGAGCGGCUUCAUCUUCCAGGGAAAGUUGCCCCUGGCCAGCAUGACGGUGAACAAACUAGAAGACUGUGAAGCCCAUAAAAACGCCUUUGAGCUCAAUGGCACGAUGUUUGACCGUCUGCAGGUGGUGUGCACCAACCAGCAGGACCUGCAGGACUGGGUGGAGCACCUGAGCAGACAGAUCAAACACACUACAGCCACAGGACCCAGCCACAAACCCCUCACUGUUCCCUGCCACACGCUCCCAUCUCACCCUCUCACCCCGUCCCGGCACGCUGAGGGGAGGGGCAUGACAGUGGCUCCCACCUACCACACCCUGCCUCACCCCUCCUCCCAUGGAACGUCUCACAGCACCAUGAUGUGGGGCCCACUGGAACCACCCAACACCCCCAAACCCUGGAGCCUGAGCUGUCUGCGACCCGCACCCCCUCUACGACCCUCUGCAGCCCUCUGCUACAAGGAGGAUCUCAGUAAAAGUCCUAAGAGUGUGAAGAAACUCCUUCCCAAGCGCAAGCCUGAGAGGAAACAGUCUGAGGAGGAAUUUGCCUUGAGGAAGAGCACAGCUGCUCUGGAAGAAGAUGCCCAGAUCCUGAAAGUUAUUGAGGCGUACUGCACCAGCGCCAAAACCAGGCAGACUCUUAACUCCACCUGGCAGGGCACUGACCUGAUGCACAACCACGUGCUGGCCGACGUGGACCGGUCCUGUAUGGACUCGCCAGGCCGCCGUAGCAGCGUGUCACGGCCAGAGUUGUCCUCUGACCUUUCGGAGGACUCUGACUAUGACUCCAUCUGGACCACCCACAGUUACAGGAUGGGUUCGGUGCCCCGUAAGAGCUGCAUCUCUCACCAGAACUAAAGAACGUACAGUAUUGCCACGCUGUAUCGUAAUGUAACGUACAGCGCGCUUACCUCUUUUACCUUCAAUGUAUCGAAAGAAACUAGAUUUUUUAAUUUAUCUAUUUAUUUUCUAUUAUAUAUUUGUUAAUGUUUUUGUUAACUUAUUUGGUUUAUUUAUUUGUUUUAAGAUGUUUUAAGCAUCUCCCUGUUGCCUUUGCCACUUUCCCUUUUAUGUGCCUCCUCUCUUUGUGUAGUUGUCAUGCAGUAAGUGUUUAGUAAUAUUGUUAAUUUAUCUUGAAUGUGACCACUCCCCUUGUUUGACCAUAAAUGUGGCGGACUCUCAGCAGGGAGUCGAGGGGUGCUUGAGAGGAAUAUAGGGGGAGGGAUAACCACGGGAGGAAGAGAUGGGGACUGAGCUUUUCCUGUCUGAUAUUCAGAUGUAAUUCAGGAACGAGUGUAUUCUAUUUACCAUGUACUGCUUCUCUCCAGUAUGUGUUUCUAGAGUAUGUAUGCUCAAACAUAGCACAGAUGUCAUACACACACACACACACACACACACACACACACACGCACACGCACAGGUUCAGGCACACAUGCUCCUGCUGCCUGAUAAUAUAGCAGCAUGCAAAUGAAAUAUCCAAAUUCUUUAUGCUGUUUUCAUCAUUUGAAUCUUAUAUUUAUGUCGCUAAACAGGAUUACAUUUAACGGACCACUUGACCAAAAGCUACUACAUACUAAAAAUCCUUGUUAAAUGUUUUACUUUGUGAGACAUGGUUCCUUAUUGUAAGUAGCUGCUACAGAAAGAGGAGAUUAUCACAUACACUUCACUUUAUAGUCGCUCCAGCUGGAUAACAUCUAACGGACUAAGAACAGUGAAUUUAAAGAGUUUAGUUCAUCCAAAUUAACAAACAUUUAAACAUAUUUUUGCACUUACUUCUAGUUGUAUCCGACAAUGCAGAUCGUUUUGUUUGCUCUUUCUCUGCCUCAACUCCAAUACAAUCGAAGUGAAUUACUUUUAGUUUGUGGUGCUUGCAUCUUUGAAAAAUGACAUUUAAAAUAAUUCAACACCGAUGUGUCUUUUCAGGAUCAGUUUCCCAAUUACUCUGUAUAAUCGAAAGACCUCACUGUCAUCAAACCACUUCCUACUGAAGAAGUUGUUACUAUGAAAACGGUUUACAGUGUGUUCAAUAAGGACACGUACGUUAUUUUGUGAAUUAAAAAUGUUUCCAUUCCUGUGAGCACUACAAACUAAAUUACAGUUAACUAUAUUGUAAUGUUGUGGAAGCAGAAACCUCAGUCAGGAACCUGCAUACUUUAAUGCAACACUAGAUACCAUUUCUAGAGUUAAGUGAGAAAUAUGUUUUUUAGUAUUUUUGGCGAGCUGAUCCUUUUAAAUCAUUCAUUUUCUGUAUUGUGUAGUCUCCUCAGCAUCAUCCUUUUAAAGCCUGAUCUUCCAUCCAGUAAUGUUGCUGUCUGUCAGUGGUUCUACAGGGUUGCAUUUAUAUUUUAGUUUUAAACCUCAAGUUAGUGCGUUAACAAAAUAAAAAGAUUCAUUUAAACCAAGCAUAGCAUACCCGAAUAAACUGUAAACUACAGCCUAACACAGCUACAGUCCUGUAAUACAAAUCAAAUGCCUUUGUUUAAAGUCUCCUGCUACUUAAAGGAACAAUUCAACAUUUUGGGAAAUGAGCUUAUUCACUUUCUUUCUGAACGUUACGUUAAAAAUGAAGCUGGAGCCAGGAGCAGGUUAGCUUAGCUUAGCUUAGCUUAGCAUUUAGACUGGAAGCAGCGGGAAUCAGCUAACCUGGCUCUGUCCAAAGGUAAGAAAAUCCAGCUACCAGCACUUCUAAAGCUUAAUAUUUCAAUUAAGUAAAGAAAAUAUAUAAUAUGUUAAGUAGGGCGCUUUAGCUGCUCAUAUGUGGAUUUUUUUACUCUUUGGAUGGAGCUAGCUGUUUCCCGUCUUAAUACUAACUAAGCUAACACUAAACACUCAAACAUAAAGCUAAUUUAGAUUGUUUUUUUGUCUCACUCAUGGAAAGAAAGUAAUGUUUAUGAUUCAAUCUUCUAGUUAUGUUACACGAAAAACAGAAAACAACUCAUUACUUAAACUAGCUAGGCUACUUCCAGUCUGUAUGCUAAGCUAAGCUAACCAGCUGCUAUCUCUAGUUUCAUAUUUACUGUACAGACAAUGGUGGUUUCGAUCGUCUCAUUACAUUCUCAGCACAACAAAGCGAAUACGCCUAAUUCCCAAAAUGUUGAACUAUUCCCUCAAGGUGGAGCUGUUACCAAACUCUGACAAUUUGAGCAGGUUAGCUUGAUGCUUACAGUCUAUGGCUUAAUGUCAAAAACAAACUCAUAGCCUCAUAAGCCAGACAUGACUUUGUGUUGUCUGGCUUGCGAGGUUUCCCAUGCUAUCUCUUGCAUUAAUGACUAUUUUUAUGAAGAAGUAUUUUUACAGUGUUGGUAUUAAAAGUACAGGUUGGCAUCCACUUACAGUAGAGUCUAUCUCCUCUUACAGCAAGCAAUGUGGGUGACAUAUGGAAUAUAUUGGUCCAUGUUACAGAACUAUUUACGCUUUCUGAAAUGAUUCCUUUAUUGUAUUCAUUAUUUUGUAUACAGGCGUUUUUUAAUUUAUUUAUAUUUUAUUCUGUAUGUCAAUGUUUACAAAAUGAUCCCUGGAAGAAUAAUUUGUUUUCUUUUUUUUUUUAUUGCUCUGUAUCAAAGUUUACACUGAAACUUAUAACAUGAAGUGUUUGAAUUAUUUUGCACAAUCAUGUAACGGGCCAGUGGGGGUGGGGGAUAGAAUCUGUUAAAUUCUGUACUUUUUGUCGUCUACCUAGAGUGUGUAUGAUAUAGUCCUAAAGGUAGACCAGAGUAUUCAGUGUUACUGUAAAGUAAAUGCUCAUUCGUAGUGUAAAUGCUCACCUUCGGUGUUUCGAAAGCAUUGAGGGUAAAAAAAAAAAGAAGAAACGAGGCCGUGAUUAUUAUACAGGAACAUUUCAAUGUGAGCUACUCAUCAACCUCAGAAUACAGUCAGAGUGGACUUGAAAUAUAAGAGCACAUCGUCUCCAUUUCUGUAAAUACUAGUUAUCAUGGAGCAAGAAAAGAAAAAAAUCCAUUCUACCUUCUUUGAGUAUUUGAGCUAAGAAUAUCACUGUCCUUAUAUCAUGUGCUAUAUUUUGUGACGGAUGUAUUCUGUGGUUUAAGAAGUCAAACUGUGGGACAGGCGGUGUAAAAAGAGACCAACUGCCUUUUGACCAACGUUGUCCUCUGUGUGCUCUAAUGCUGUAUUCACACUUGUGACCAUGUCUUAUCUGCAAACGGCGCCUUCGGUGUAUUUGUUCUACUCUGCUGAAAGUGUUCAAGUCCCAAAACGCUGUAUCAUGAGUUUUGAAUAAAAAUCUGUCAUUUGGUA